UAUUCCGCAAGGGGUUAAAGGUUCAACAGAAAUCAGGUGAGAUUGGACUGGGAAUAUUGUUGCUAUGCUGAGGGAAGUGUCGUCUGUGAAACAGGUACAGGUAAGAAGAUGUCCCCAGAUGAGCUGAUCUACCUGAGUCUCCUGGUGCUGAGUAUUCCCCUGGGGGGCCUGGUGAGGCAGGUGAGAGACCACACCUGGCGGAGGGCGGUGGUGUUCGCUGUCGGGGCCGGCCAGGUGCUGCUCACCUGUCGGUGGGACACCUUACACUCCCUGGUGUCCAUCCUCGGGACUUUCACCAUCUUGAAGACGGCUGGACCAAGGACAUGCCACCUGCUGACUUUUGUCUGGUGCUUCGGCUACCUGGCCUUCUUCCGCACCUGUCACCUGUUCCACCUGCCGUACCCCGCAGCCGUCGCCAACGCUGUGCAGCUGGUGCUCACGCUCAAGCUCAGCAGUGUUGCCUUUGACAUCAGAGACUCCCAUGUAGCAGAAAAGUCCAGGAAAGAUGGAAAUGACAACUCAGCAAACAACAGGGCUUCAGAAGGGACCAAAAACAAACCUACUGAACAGGCCCUCCUCCCCGUGCCCUCUCUCACAGAUCUCUUCUGUUACUCCUACUGUUAUAUCGGAGUCUAUACUGGCCCCUUCUACAAGUACAGAACUUAUCACGACUUCAUCUAUCAGGAGAAACCAUCCUCCGUUCCCGUACUACAGCCCCUGUUGGACCGCGCCAAGUGGAUGCCUCUGACGGGGGGUGUUUUCCUCCUGGCCUCGCGGUACUUCCCCAUCGCGUACGCGCACACUGAGGAGUUCUACGCGACGUCGGGCGUCCCGUACCGCCUGUGGUACAUGCUGGGGAUGUUCCUCGUGUUCCGCAUGAGGAUGUACUCGGCUUGGAUCCUGGCAGAAUGUUCCUGCAUCACUGCCGGAAUGGGGGCCUAUGAGGAGUGGAGGAAACCCAAGUGUGGCCAGGGACCAACCGUCAGGGGGACACUUGAACCUGGUGGCAACAAAUCGGCACAGGAAACUCGCUACAACUUUGACACAAUAAAGAACGUGGACAUCUACUGGGUGGAGCGUGGCACCACCAUCCGCAGUGGUAUGAAGCACUGGAACAUGACGGUACAGUACUGGAUGGCAGAGUACAUCUACAGACGGGUGCCCUACAAGAGCUUCAGGUUUCCUGUGGUGUUUGUUGUUUCCGCGUACUGGCACGGCAUACACGGCGGGUACUACCUGUUUUUCCUUUCCGUCGCGCUGAUGCAAAUUGUCGAGUUCAAGUGCGACGCCGCCUUCAAGUCCCGACUCUCGCCCGACUCCACGGCCGCGAGCGUUUACGGGUUUGUGAGCUGGUUCCUGAAGUACCGAGCAGGGGAAUACUACACCAUGGCAUUCCUUCUACUAACCAUUACGGAUGGACUAAGGUGUUGGCAGUCUGUGUACUUCUAUACUCAUGUGUUACAUCUGUUACUACUGGCGCUAGCCUAUAUAGUCGGUAGUGGCGGUCAUCGGGAAAAGAAUAAGGAAAAAAUAAAAUAAUUGCGAUUGAUGUAUUAUAAUUAUAUGAAAUAUAGCUUUGUACUAACUGAUACUUAAUCUAAUGGGUUGUUGAAAAAAUAAUGCCAUUUUGUAAGACUUGGUGAUUUUUACACAAUGUCAUAUACAAAAUUUAAUGUACAAUACAUUCAGCCAACGUGCAACUCAUUUCAAGGGAAAUCGGAAUGCAUCAUGAUCAGUGGGAAACAAUUGCUAGACACAAGGAGGGGAACUUUGGAAUUUCAUUUUGUAGUUACAUAUAUUUGCACACAAUUUUUCUACUAGAUGGCUCUGUGCUUAAGCUAUACUUUCACAAUGCAGCCCUAAGCUUUAACUAUUUAACAGAAUUUCAAGCUAUGACAACUUGUUCCACGUACCAUUACAAAUUACAAAAUGGCAUCUUUUUUUCUGCCAGCCCAGAAGUAUUCAGUGCAAUAUCAAUUCUAAUGAUCUAAACACAGUAUAUUGAUUUUCACAGUGUUGAUUAUAAUAGUCAUAUGAAUAAUAUGAUUGGUUUGUUUGAGCAGCUAUUUUAAGAUAUGAAUUUUGAAUUGUUAUCUAGAUUUGUUGUAGAAAGGACUUCACCCACAAAGUGACACAUUCUUUUUAUAUCCUUGGUGUAUGGUAUUCAUAAUCAGUACAAAUAGGUAAGAAACUACCGUUUAUAUAAUAUUGUUGACUGGUCACCGGUAGUUCCGUUAGGUAAGUAUGUACUGUUCAAUUAUUGUGCUAUCUGCAACACCAGGAAUAUUUCAUUCACUCUUCUUGAAAGUGCCUUGUUCAAGUUUUCAUCACAGAUUAAUUAUACCUUUAAAGACUUUGAUUAGCUAAUAUCUUUUGGUAAGUG